GAGGAGUACACACUGUUUAAACGAAAAGUCAUUACUGAUAAUGUAAAAUUAGUCCCAGAACCAUGAGCCUAAGACAGCAGUUAUAAAAGACUGAGGCUGUAACAGAAAUGCACAGAGCAGCAGCCAUAUACAACCCACAGUCCGGCCCAGACACCAACUGCCACUCGGAACUUCUUUUCAUCUCUUCACAGGAAGAAGUGAGCAGUGACAGCAGCCAUUGUGGGCUGGUGUCCACAGAGAACAAGAGCACCUACCUGAAGACCAAAUAGAUCAGAGGGAGUGGCUCAAGUAACUGCACAAAAAAUGCAAAGUUAUUGGCUGGUCCCACUCUGGCUGUUGAUACAUCUUAUAGUUGGAGGUGGUCACUGCUCUGUUUGCAAUUGGAGGGAGUCGUUCUCAGUUAAACUCUCCCUUUCCCAGAAGCAGGUGUCGGGCACUGUCCUUCAGUUCGCUGCCGAUGAGCCCCACCUUCUGCAACACCCUUGUACAGACGAGAACCUCUGGGGAGGUCCUGGUCCAGCCCUGUAUUUGGGGGAAAGAGUUUUCUUCAGCAAAGAUGGCUUUGAGAGCAGCCUCCUACCACUUUCCAUCCCCAGUGAGUUAGUGAGUCCAACAGCCUUAGUCAGUGCUGCCACCUUUGUGAAGAAAAAUCAGAUGGCAAUGGUGAUAAAUGGUAGGGUCUAUCUCUAUAUCUUUGCAGAUGAGGAGAAAUGGCAACCAGCAGAGGGGAUCCAUUCCCCAGUCAUGGACCUCUCCAACACCUACUGCUGCUUCUCCUGGCAGGACCCGAUCUGUGACAACGUCAGCAUGACUCUUUUUGCCUAUGCGACUGGGCAUUCAGUCUCUGAGAGCCAAAUCUUCCUAUCAGAAAAUGGGGGUUUCACUUUUAGACUUAUGAAGUUAAAAUCAGCUCUACAAAAUGUGCUGCUUGGUGUCUAUAAUUUUAUUUCCCUCUCUGUUACUGGGUUACUAAUCAACAAUACCCAAGAGGAUGAAGGAAAAGGACAUGGGGCUUAUUUUAUAUACAUUAACUGGAAGAAGAGCCACGAGGUCUAUCGCAGCUCCACAGCCUUCCAGCUGGUUUCCAAAGAAGGUGCUUCUAUCCAUAAUAUCCAGCACCCUAGCCUGAGGGGCUACAUCAUUAUCUGGACCAAAAGUACCCUGAUGCUUUCCUUCAACAAUGGCCUGAUUACAGAAGCAGCGACUAUUCUGCCCACAGAAGAGUUUCCAGGCACUUCUCUCCCUAAUACUUCUCUAUUCCAUGUAGCCAUCAGCACUUCUGAGAUUGCAGUCUUCACCCAGGAGAACCAGCUUUUCUAUGGCGUUCUUGGCAUGUUUUCCACUUCCAUGGUACUUACAGAAACAAUGAACACCACAGAUUUAGGCUGUUGUGUGUUGCUGUUUGAAAGGACAGGAAUACUGACAUUGCUCAGACCCAUCCAUAACAAUGAUUCCCACAUAUAUAACUUCCAGAAAUGCACCUAUAAUAUGCAGUCACUGCUCAUGAACAAGUUACAUCCCAUGCAGUAUUGUAUACUGGAGGUCCUUAGCGGCAACUUUCAUAACAAGGUUUUUUACAUUGAUAUGUACCAGAGGCUGAACUUCACUGCUACCUUUGUACCCAAACGUGGUACUGGGGCCUUUCCUCUGGUGACUGUGAGCAAUCCCCAUGUGCUGAGUUUCCAGGCACGUGUGGUACAGGAUGGGUACACACAUGACGGGAAUACCAAGUAUAGUUUAAGCAUACUGCUGAUGCAGCAACGCUUCUCUGACAUGGCAGAGCCCCACUUCUGGGCUGGCUUACUUGAGGGUGGUGUGUCUAUCCUCAAUGUGGAUUCUCCCAAGAAAGGUGUUUUUUGUGCUGACAUACUUCCUUUGUCUGCAUUUAUUCAUGUAGGUUGCCCACCUAUGAAACAGAUUAGACUUUUUAAAAAUGCAACUGCUUGCAGCAAAGAACUCUUUCAUCAAGACUUACUACGAAAUAAUUUCACUUACAUAAUCAGCCAUGAUAUAUAUGACCCAGAAUUUCUUGCCAGACAAAAUUUAGAGCAAAGCGACCUUCGAAUUCAAUAUGAUUAUGAGAUGCUGGGAUGUCCUCUUCUGGUAUAUCAUGAUGAUCCUUGGUUGCCAGUUCUUGAGUUAUGGGAAAACAGUGAAUUUGUGGAGUACGUUUCUGCUGACUUUGUUAUGUUUGAAGUAAAUGGAAUUCAUAAUUAUGAUUAUCUCUUGACAGCUGUAGAAGCCAAUUGCAUCUCUCAACCUCAGAAUUGGACCUCUUUGCUAAAAGAACAAGAUUCUCCAGACCCAAAUACUGCAUGGAAUAGAAAGAAUUACGUAAACUGUGAGAAUCCCAAUGGACCUAAAUUAGUAUCACCUUCAGCCAAGUAUCAAGUUCUUGGUGGAAAAACAAAAAACAAAAUAAUUUUUUCACAGUAUAAUGGAUUAUACAUCUUUAAAGCUAUUGUAGUGGACAAUUUUUAUAGUUAUUGUGAGUUGUCUACAUAUUUCUGUGUCUAUGUCUAUGGUGCCCUCCCAAGCAGCUACAUAAAUCCUUGGGUAGCGCUAACAGUUUUUUUGACUAUUAUUUUUAUUUCAAUUUUGAUGGGAUAUAUCUUACCGACAUUAUCACUCAUAAAAAUACCCUCAAAAGUUAAAAUAUCCUGAGCUUAUUUUGUAAACUGUGAUGUUCAAGAAAGUUACUAUGUUAAGAAUUAUCAUAUCUCACUUGUAUAGGUCAGAAGAUUAAAUUGUAUUUGUUAUGAAAUCAGUUUUAUAACAAAUGAAAGAAGAAUUUGCAAAAAGGAACCAUUUUGAUGUCUGUUUUGUAACUUUCUUGUACAUGCAUUUUUAAUACGCUAAUUAAUUUUCUCCACUUUUUUCUCAUUUUUAUUUUAUAAUUUUCUGACCAUUUUGUUGCUUGCAUGAAGAAUUCAUAUCACUAUUUUAUUACAGGGACUGAUUUUAGGGUUACCAGCUUUUGUUGAUGCAAUCAAUUACACUAGCUUACUUCAAAAGGUCUCCUUUCCUCAGGAGGAAUAAAGAUCAUCCUUGGAGCCUGUCAAUUGCUUUUACUUCAACAACAGAUCAAUGGAAAUCGAAGCUUCCUCUAUAUUUGUACUCCUUUUGUAGUUAAGAUGCAUAUUUCCUACCUCUUCUCCCACUUGCAAUAUUAAUGUUCAUUCAAAUAUUCUAUUUUAUUGGCUAGAUAAUGGAAUUCUGAGGCUUCAUCUCAGUUAUAAGACACUUUGAACAAAGACAGUUAAAAAAAAAAACCUUAGUUAAAAGAAAAAAGACAUGAUUCUACAAAUACUUAAUUGAGUGACACUUGGCUUCAAUAUACCUACCUGCGUUAGUAAAUAUUAGACAGCAUGAAUAAAAGUUGCAGAAUUUAGCCCCCAAGUUAAAUAUACAAGUCUGUUUCUAAUGGGUAGAUCAGUAGCCUCUUAUGUCCUAUGCCAUGGAAAGCUGCCAUGGCCCAUUUCCAUAAUCAAGUAUCAUCAUACCUUUGGCCAUUAAGAUUGUCACCAACAUCUCAAAGCAUUUUUUAAAACCAGAAUUAAUACUUUUUUAAUGUAUCAGCUGGAAUGAGAUAUUAUCCUAACAAUAUAUGGAUAUGCAAUAAAAAGAAAUAAAUCAAAAUAUUCCAUACACAAAAAAGCAAAUUGGGAUUUUCUGUACACAUUUCAGGUAGCUGUGACUAUAAUAUAAAUAUAGUAAAAUGUUAGUAUUUUGUUAUAAAAAAAUAUUUUAGACAACUAUUCUCCCCAUUCUAAUGUAUUUUCAAUAAAAUUGUGCAAUUUUAUUGAAUUUGCUAUUUUAUUUGCUUUUAGCCGAAUCUUCACCUGUGCAUUGAUAGUGUUUAUUGUCAAUUGGAUGUGUUUUAGCCGAGUUAGAAAAUGUGUUUGCUUUUUCAUCUACAUAUUAUAUGGAA